AUGAAAUUCAAGUUACGUGUGAAUUCUGCCAGGCAAUACAAGGACCUGUGGAAUAUGAGUGAUGACAAACCCUUUCUAUGCACUGCCCCUGGAUGUGGCCAGCGUUUUACCAACGAGGAUCAUUUGGCUGUCCAUAAACAUAAACAUGAGAUGACACUGAAAUUUGGUCCAGCACGUAAUGACAGUGUCAUUGUGGCUGAUCAGACCCCAACACCAACAAGAUUCUUGAAAAACUGUGAAGAAGUGGGUUUGUUUAAUGAGUUGGCAAGUCCAUUUGAGAAUGAAUUCAAGAAAGCCUCAGAAGAUGACAUUAAAAAAAUGCCUCUAGAUUUAUCCCCUCUUGCAACACCCAUCAUAAGAAGCAAAAUUGAAGAACCAUCUGUUGUAGAAACAACUCACCAAGAUAGUCCUUUACCUCACCCAGAGUCUACCACCAGUGAUGAAAAGGAAGUACCACUGGCACAAACUGCACAGCCAACGUCAGCUAUUGUUCGUCCAGCAUCAUUACAGGUUCCCAAUGUGCUGCUUACAAGUUCUGACUCAAGUGUAAUUAUUCAGCAGGCAGUACCUUCACCAACCUCAAGUACUGUAAUCACCCAGGCACCAUCCUCCAAUAGGCCAAUUGUUCCUGUACCAGGUCCAUUUCCUCUUCUAUUACAUCUUCCCAAUGGACAAACCAUGCCUGUUGCUAUUCCUGCAUCAAUUACAAGUUCUAACGUGCAUGUUCCAGCUGCAGUUCCACUCGUUCGACCAGUCACCAUGGUGCCUAGUGUUCCAGGAAUUCCAGGUCCUUCUUCUCCUCAACCAGUACAGUCAGAAGCAAAAAUGAGAUUAAAAGCUGCUUUGACUCAGCAACAUCCUCCUGUGACCAAUGGCGAUACUGUAAAGGGUCACAGUAGCGGAUUGGUUAGGACUCAAUCAGAGGAAUCUCGACCACAGUCAUUACAACAGCCAGCCACAUCCACUACAGAAACUCCGGCUUCUCCAGCUCACACAGCUCCACAGACCCAAAAUACAAGUGGUCGACGAAGAAGAGCUGCUAAUGAAGAUCCUGAUGAGAAAAGGAGGAAAUUUCUGGAACGAAAUAGAGCAGCAGCUUCAAGAUGCCGACAAAAAAGGAAAGUCUGGGUUCAGUCUUUAGAGAAGAAGGCCGAAGAUUUGAGUUCAUUAAAUGGACAACUACAGAAUGAAGUCACCCUGCUGAGAAAUGAAGUGGCACAGCUGAAACAGCUUCUUCUGGCUCAUAAAGAUUGCCCUGUAACCGCCAUGCAGAAGAAAUCUGGCUAUCACACUGCUGAUAAAGAUGAUAGUUCAGAAGACCUGUCAGUGCCAAGUAGUCCACAUACGGAAGCGAUACAGCAUAGUUCUGUCAGCACAUCCAAUGGAGUCAGUUCAACCUCCAAGGCAGAAGCUGUAGCCACUUCAGUCCUCACCCAGAUGGCGGACCAGAGUACAGAGCCUGCACUUUCACAGAUCGUAAUGGCUCCUUCCUCCCAGGCCCAGCCCUCAGGAAGUUGA